GUUGGCUCCGGCGGCGGCACCGAGGCAGGAGCCGGUGUCCGAGUCGGGGUCGCCGCCCCGCCAGGAUGUUACCGAGCUUGGCCGCCGCCGUCGCGGCGCACAGGUGUAGCUGGUCUUCGCUGUGCCGGCUCCAUCUGCGCGGCCGGGCAGCCGCCCGCGGCUCCAGCGACCGCCAGGAAUGGCUGAAUUUAAUGACAUUUGGAAGCUCUACCUGUAUGGUUCCCAAAAGUCACCCACAUAUUUGUGCAUUGAGUCAAGUAAAGUUGUACUCUACAAAUGUUCAGAAAGAAGGACAGGGGUCACAGAGAGCUGAGAAAGUACCAUCAUUUGAUGAGGCAGCAGAAAACAUAGGCACAGAACUCAAAGCUCCACUGAAGCAAGAUCCUCUCCAAGUAAGAGUCAAAGCAGUCCUUAAGAAAAGGGAAUAUGGAGCAAAAUAUACUAAGAAUAAUUUCAUCACAGGAGUAAGAGCAAUAAAUGAGUUCUGCCUUAAAUCCAGUGAUCUAGAACAACUUCGCAAAAUCAGACGACGGAGUCCCCAUGAAGACACCACUGAGUCCUUUACUGUAUACUUGAGAUCAGAUGUUGAAGCAAAAUCUUUAGAAGUUUGGGGAAGCCCUGAAGCUCUUGCCAGAGAGAAAAAAUUGCGUAAGGAAGCAGAAAUAGAAUACAGAGAACGGCUGUUUAGAAACCAAAAAAUAUUAAGAGAAUAUACAGAUUUCUUGGGAAACACCAAGCCUCGCUCCAGAACAGCAUCAGUGUUCCUGAAAGGACCAGGGAAAGUGGUGAUGGUCGCCAUUUGUAUCAAUGGUUUAAAUUGCUUCUUUAAGUUUCUUGCUUGGAUUUAUACGGGUUCAGCAAGUAUGUUUUCAGAGGCUAUACAUUCACUGUCUGAUACUUGUAACCAGGGUUUACUAGCACUGGGCAUCAGCAAAUCUGUUCAAACUCCGGAUCCUUCUCACCCGUACGGAUUCUCAAAUAUGCGCUACAUUGCUUCACUGAUUAGCGGUGUUGGUAUUUUCAUGAUGGGUGCAGGACUCUCUUGGUACCAUGGAGUCAUGGGAUUGCUUCAUCCUCAGCCCAUGGAAUCCCUCCUCUGGGCAUAUUGUAUUCUAGCAGGAUCGUUGGUAUCUGAAGGAGCAACACUUCUUGUUGCCAUAAAUGAACUGCGGAGGAGUGCUCAGGCCAAAGGAACGUCAUUUUAUAAGUAUGUCAUGGAAAGUCGUGAUCCUAGUACAAACGUUAUACUGUUGGAAGACACUGCAGCUGUUUUGGGAGUGACAAUAGCAGCCACUUGCAUGGGCCUUACUUCUGUGACAGGCAAUCCAAUGUAUGACAGCUUGGGCUCUUUGGGCGUGGGCACCUUACUAGGUGUGGUGUCGGCCUUUCUCAUCUACACUAACACAGAAGCGUUGUUAGGGCGAUCCAUCCAGCCGGAGCAAGUGCAGCGACUGACUGAACUCCUGGAGAACGACCCGUCAGUAAGGGCAAUUCAUGAUGUUAAAGCCACAGAUCUUGGGCUAGGCAAAGUAAGAUUUAAGGCAGAAGUUGAUUUCGAUGGACGAGUUGUUACACGAUCAUAUUUGGAAAAACAAGAUUUUGACCAAAUGCUACAGGAAAUUCAAGAAGUGAAAACUCCUGAAGAACUAGAAACGUUUAUGCUUAAACAUGGAGAAAAUAUUAUCGAUACUUUGGGAGCAGAAGUAGAUAGACUUGAGAAGGAACUGAAAAAACGGAAUCCUGAAGUUCGACACGUAGAUUUGGAGAUACUAUGAAUUUAAUGUAAUGAAUCUCUUCAAUGGAGCCUUGGAGACAAGUUUGUUGAGCCACUAUUUCAAAGCUGUUUCCUACUUCUCACACUGAAGAGGAUCAGUGCCAUUCAGCAGCCAUUGUUUCCAGAUGGAUGAAAUACUUCAUGUGAACUCAAGCUCCUUCCCUCUAAUCAUGUUUUCAUGCUUCACAGGGAACAUUUCCACUGCUUAGAUCAUUCACAGUUUCUCAUGUUAGCCGGUGUGCUUUGUACCUUGGAAUCAUGUUUCCUUUGUUCACAUUGGUUCAGAUGAGUAUCAUCCAUAGAAUCAUCACUUUUAUUUCUACUGAAGAUGUCAUUCCAUCAAAGUCUACCAUCUUGAAGAUUCUGGCUAAAUCUUGGUAUGUGGUAUUGAAACAGUCCUGUGUCUCAAGUCCGUCUUUCUCUGUCCAGUGUGGAGAUCCGAUCUCCUAUCCUUGCUGAUUCUGACCUGAGCACUGAGAGUUGGUCUAGUUCCACAUCAUUGUCCACAAUGUCCGUCCAUUCCAGAAAUGGCUUCCUUCCCAUACUGAGUGAAGACACGUCAGUACUGUCCCACAGAUAUAGUCGCCGUGUUUUGUACAGUUCUUUAUCUUUCACUUUCCCUUGUUUGGUUUAAUUUUUCUAAUGUUAAGAAACAAAAUAACCCUAGAUAUAUCUAUGAUGACUUUUUUUGGUAAACUAGGUUCAGUGCCAUAGUGUUUAUUUUCUGGGAUAUAUAGUACAUUUGUAAAUGUUUUAACAUUCUGUAAAAUGGACUAGUAAUAUUUAUAAUUUCACAGGCAAGACAGAAUUUUGUUUUUAAUUUAUUUAAAAGAAGGCACAACUUAUGUAAAUCAGAACUGUGGAUGUUUUUCGCUUAAGAAAAAGAAGUAAAUCUCCUACCCCAAAACUUGUGUUGUGGUUUCAUAUAGUAUAGGUCGUGUGUCUGAUUUCUUGCUGUAAUAAAUGGAUGUGUAGCAUAGCUGUCACAUGUAAACAAACAGCUCUCUGAUGACCACGAAUCAUGAGGAGAUAAAAACAUUCAAUUCUGUAAUUAAAAUUUUAGUUAAAAGCUC